GGUGGAGGGCCUGGAGGCCCGGGAUGGCACUGCAGGGGGGAGUGUACUCCUUCAAUGCCAAGGGUCGAGGGGAGGAGGUGGCACUCUCAGCUCUAACUCUCACACACCUGCCUGAGAAACAUACUGCUGCAGUCAAGCCAUCGCCGGGACCAGCACCGCCCACGGUGGGUCAUCGCGCCCACACCACGACGGUGGCGGUGCUGGUGGGCGUGGCCGCCGGAGCGCUGUUGGUGGUGGUGAUCGUCUGCGUCGCCGUCAGGGUCCGUGGGCGUGCGGGCGUGGGGGCGCCUGCGGGUAGCCUCGCCAAGACCAACCCCGAGACCUCCCUCAAGGAUUCUAACCUGCGUCAAGACGAGAAUCCUGACGUCAUCCCUCAGUCAGAGACACAGAGUAUGGGCGAGAGAAAGUAA